CUCUGAUACGAGCCGAUUUCAGGAAAGUUCUAGAUUUAUCUGAAGUUCUAGUUUUGUCAAAUAAUUUAUAUAUAAAUAUAUAUUUUGUAGCUUCGUCUUGAAACGAUUGCUUGAAAUUUGAGCUAAAAUAAUACAGGUGACAGUUCACAAUGGUGAAAGAAACUGCUUACUACGACAUCCUUGGAGUGAAACCUCGUGCUACCCCAGAUGAGAUCAAAAAGGCAUAUAGAAAGCUUGCUUUAAAAUUUCACCCCGACAAAAACCCAGAUGAUCCGAACACGUUCAAACAGAUCAGCAUGGCAUACGAAGUUCUGUCCGACGCAAAGAAGCGAGAGGUGUAUGACAGAGGAGGGGAGGAGGCCAUCAAGGGUGGGGGGUCAUCCGGCGGGGGUUUCCACUCACCCAUGGACAUCUUUGAUAUGUUUUUUCACAGCGGGGGGAACCGGGGCAGGGGCCGGCAGAAACAUAAGGACGUGAUACACCCAGUGAGUGUGACACUGGAAGAGCUGUAUAAGGGGUCAACACGCAAACUGGCCCUGCAGAAGAAAGUCAUAUGUCCCAAGUGUGAUGGUCAGGGAGGUAAGGAUGUCGAGAAGUGCGGUCCGUGUCGCGGUACCGGCACCAAGGUGAUCAUACAGCAGCUUGGCAUCGGGAUUGUCCAGCAGAUGCAGACCAUGUGUUCAGACUGCCAGGGCGAGGGAGAGAAGAUCAGUCCGAAAAACCGCUGCAAGAACUGUCAGGGUCAUAAGACAAUUAAGGAAAGGAAAAUCUUGGAAGUUCACAUCGAUCCUGGUAUGAAAGAUGGACAACAGGUGUGUUUUACCGGGGAGGGAGAUCAAGAGCCGGGGCUUGAACCGGGGGACGUGAUCAUCGUGUUAGAGGAGCAGCGUCACGCCGUGUUCAAGCGGAAAGGUCACGACCUCAUCAUGACCAUGGAGAUUGAGCUAGUUGAGGCUCUCUGCGGCUUCCACAAACAGAUAGAGACACUGGAUAAACGUAUAUUGUCAGUAAAAUCUUUCCCAGGUGAAGUGAUACCCCACGGUACCAUCAAGUGUAUAUUGAACGAAGGCAUGCCACACUAUCGAAACAUCAUAGAAAAGGGUCGGCUCAUCAUACAGUUUCACGUGAAUUUCCCACCGGACAAUUUCCAACCGGCUGACAAACUUGAAAAGCUGGAGAAGUUGUUACCUGCGCGACCAGAUGUGAUUGAGCCGGAUGACUGUGAAAUAUGUACACUGUCUGUGAUGGACCCAGAGGAAGAGCAACGGAGGCAUCGUGGCGAGGCAUACGACUCGGACGAUGAAACACGUGGACAGAGAGUCCAGUGUGCGCAGCAUUAACGUAGAUGUCGGUGGCGUGGUCGGGAGGGCGAGCGAUCGUGGAUGGUUUCACUGGUACCAUUGUCUUCUAGCGUUUAGCAUUAGGCGCAGAAACCAGUCCUGAACAUGCCUCUGUUUAUGCUGUGAAAAAGACCAGUCGUGAAUUGGAAUGUAUACAUAUCACAGUUUAACUGUAAUACAUGUAGGUCUAGGAUGUAUACGUAUCACAGUUUAACUGUAAUACAUGUAGGUCUAGGAUGUAUACGUAUCACAGUUUAACUGUAAUACAUGUAGGUCUAGGAUGUAUAAGACAGGUUUUACUGUUAAGACGGGUUUUACUGUUAUGAAAUCUGUUCUGUUGAGUAUCGGAGCGAGGGCCUAUAUUAUUUGUUCUGUUGAGUAUCGGAGCGAGGGCCUAUAUUAUUUGAACCCAUCUUAGCACUACGAAAUUGUAAAAACCAUCGUACGUUAUUAUAUCACUAUGACGUAUGCUAUAGUGACGUCAUAGCCUACAAUGGUUUUACGAUAUCGUAGCACUAAGAUAGCUUCGAAAAUCAUUAGCCAGGAUUGAUGUAUAAAUGGAAUUCCAGGAUGAAUGUAUUAAAGAAGGUCAGGAUUGAUGUACAAAAUAGGUUGAGGAUUAAUGUAUAGGUUUUACGAUAAUGAGGCAAGGAUAAUGUAUAAAUUACAGCUUGAUUGUUGCAGGUCAAGAAUUAAUAUAAAGUUUAUUUUGUUUAACGACACCCACUAGAGCACAUUGGUUUAUUAAUCAUCAGCUAUUGGAUGUCAAACAUUUGGUAAUUUUGACAUAUAGUCUCCGAGAGGCAACCCGCUACAUUUUUCAAUUAGUAACGAGGAAUCUUUUAUAAUCGCCAUCCCACAGACAGGAUAGUACAUACCAUGGCCUUUGAUAUAUACCAGUCGUGGCACACUGGCUGGAACGAGGAUUAAUACAUCAUAAUUUUAACUGUAGCAAGUCCAGAAUUGAUGUAUACAUUAGUUGUAAAUAUACCAGUCAAUUCCAGGUUGACUGUCACAGUGCCAGGAAUGAUGUGCACAUCAGUUUUAAUUGUAAAAGUAAACUGAAGUUGGACUGUUACAGACCAGGGCCCAUAUUUUCGAAGCUAUCUUAGCCUACGAAAUCGUGAAAUCAUCGUAAGCUAUGACGUCGCAACCUACGACGGUUUUACGAUUUCGUAGCGCUAAGAUGGCUUCGAUAAUAGAGCCCCAGGAUCAAUUUUAACUGUGACAGUAAAUUACAGUUUGACAGUCAAAGAACUAGGAUUAAUGUAAACAUUACAGUUUUAACUGUAAAAGUAAAUUAAAGUUUUAACUCUAAAAGUAAAUUAAAGUUUCACUCUAUCUUGGUUUUAAAUGUAAAGGUAAAUUCAAACGAGUGUUACAGGCUCAGGAUUAAUAUAUACAUAUACAUCACUGUUUUAACUGUAACAGUAAAUUGCAGUUCAACUGUCAGAGGGCCAUGAUUAAUGUAAGUGUUACAGUUUUAACUGUAACAGGGCCAGGAUUUGUGCAUGUAUCACAGAACUACAUAUUAUUGUAUUACUUUUGAAAAGUAUACAAGUAUAAAAUGUUAUUAACAGGGGCUUGAUUAAUAUAUAAAUUGCAGUUUAUCAUAGUAUUAACAUAUACAGGGUUUUAUUUCAAACAUUUGACUUGACACCCAUAGCUUUGAAAUUGAGAUUUUUCAGUUUCAUUUCAAAAACAUCUUAUUAAGCCAAGUUAGAAUUUAAAAAGUAAUGUUGUAUAUAUGUAUAUACAUGUACUUGUGUUUAUUCAAAUAAAUAUAUCUAUUGUGGCAUUACAAAACGUUCUUGGGGAGGGAAGGUUUGUGAAGUGAAUGAGAUUUACAUUCAGAUUGGGAAUUUUCUACUAUGAAAUUGAAACGACAUUGGUGGGGAAUGGUGCCCAUUAUCGAAGUCUAUAAACAUAGGUGAUAAAACCCUGAUACAUAAAUCAGUUCAACUGUUACAGAGUCAGUAUUAAUGUAUAAAUUAGUUAAAUUGUUACAGGGCCAAGAUUAGAUUAGAUUUACUAUAAUAUGGUAAAGCAUUACGGUAUACAUGAAGAGUUUUAUUGAAAAACGCGAUAAACGCCCCAAUACACACCCACUCCUAAAAACGUUUUAUUCCAAACCACCAUAAACACUGUGCCAGUUUCUCUGUAAUCUGCGAUAUAUUCUCAGACAGUCGUAUCACGUUUUGCUGAAAACUGAAUUUGAACUUGUGUUUGUCUACGUGUGAACAGCGUCCGAGUGGUGUUCGCACAAUGGUUUUUAAUAUGGUGUUUAUCAUGUUUUGCGUUGAAACUCUUCACAUGUAAGUUACAAUUUAAUUGUAACAGGUCCAGGAUUUAUGUAUAAAACAUAGUUUGUUUCAGGUGCUGGAUUAACCUACAUGUAUGCAAGUACGUCACCGUUUCCCUGUUACAGGGCCAGAAUUAAUAUAUUAAUCACAGUUUAGCUGUUAAAGGCUUGUGAUGAAUUCCAGUGGAAAAAAAAAAAAAAGGACUGAUGUGAUACGGAAAAAUAUCCCUGCGUUGUGAGGAUGCGAUUUCAAAGUUUCUGUUUGUCUUUCAGUACUACAUGUAUAUACAUGUAGUAAAUAUGAGUGAUUAAAUGAGGCCUCUGAACAUUCAACACAAAACAGUUUUGUUCACCCAUCCCAAAAUGAAAUUGGUUAAAUUAAGUAACGUGUUACGAAGUUUGUUUUGUUUAACAACACCACUAGAGCACAUUGAUAAUUAAUCAUCGGCUAUUGGAUGGCGUGUUACGAGACUAGACCACUCAUAAACAGUGACUGGUACCAUUGUCUUUUAUCAUAUAUCACAUUUAUGUAACGUUAGGUCAGUGAGUGACAGCGAUUACAGGGUUCGAAACUCGCCAGAAAAUAUGGUGGGCCAAAAAAUAAUGAUGCAUGUUGGCAAAUUAUGGUAAGCGAACCACAAGCAAGAUUUUAAUGUGGAAUACAAAUAUUAACAGUGGCUCAUAUGUUAUAGCUCUAAAGAAGAUAAUAUUAUUUGGGCGACUAACUCCAUUAGUUUUUUAAUAUUUAAGUCGCCCAAUCAGGACAUUGGUCGCAUUUGGUGACCUGGCCACAGGCCGUUUUCAGCCCUGGAUUAACUGCCUUCCGUAGCAUAUCCCUCUUAAAUGGUUUUUUGCAUUUGCGUAAUCCAUACAUGAUUUAUUCAAAUGUACAAUUCUCAGAGGCCAGUAAAUGGAAUGCAGACCACUGUACAAGUACAUGUAUGGAACAGACGGUACAAUUUUGAAAUAAAAAAACAUGUUUGAAAUACUGUAUA